AAAGAAAAAAGAACCAACCUAUAUUGUACUGUUUUCCCCCUGAUCGCGAUAAGAGGUUCUUUGGCGAGAGUCGACCAACCAAUUAGGGAUCUUGCUUGCCAAUGCCACCGGUAGGUCUUCCUCAAUGGUUUCUUUGAUUUAUUUCAGCGUGCUAAUUGAUUAGAGAGCGAGGGAGAAUCGAAUGGAUGAAUGUCGGCUGUUUAGGGUUUCUUUCAGAGAUCGUAGGUGUUUGAUUCCCUGAUGAUUUGAAAGUUUGUUGGCCGCUUGAUUGGACUUGCAAACUGUUUCUGUCACUGUUGGUUGUUUAGGGUUUCUCAGUAAUCGUAGGUGUUUAAUUCCCUGCGUUUGAAAUUGCAAUCAUCGUCGAUUGCUUGGACUUGUAAACUGUUUCUGUCUCUAAUAACUGCUUCCGAUCUCUGAUGCAUACCACCUGCUUGAUGAUUUGUGAUCUAUCUGCCGCGGCGAGGGCAGAUGCUGGUCUGGUUUUGCCUAAUCCGUAUUGGGUUCUUGUUGGCGUCUUCAUUUUGAUUGAUUUCUAGGUUCAACCUGGCAGCUAGAUACAUGCUUACCUGACUGCGCUGUUGUUGCCUUCUCACUGCUCUUUAGAAAGACAACCAGUCUUACUAUCAACUGCUUGUUAAAAACAGAUGGAUGUUUAAUUGAUUUCAGCAGGUACCUGCUGCUACCACCAUGGAGGUUGGAUCUCAAGAAGAAAAGCCUCGGAGGUGGGGCCCCGAAGGCCCCAUGUGGGAACACGUAAUGCAGAUCCACAAUGUGAUGGAUGUCAGAUAUAAAAGUUGGACGGCGGAAGACCUCCAGGAAGCAUCGGGCCUCCCAGCUAUGGAGGUCGAGAGGUGCAUUAAGAGGCUUCUGGAAAUCGAGGAAAUCGUAGAGGUGAACAGCCCUGACUACGAGCCACGGGGGGAUACACAGUACAUGAAUGCUUAUUUUGCUGAAGAGGAAUUCAAUCCGUUCUUCGAGUUUUGGAGGAAGCAUUGUUUGGGGAUCAUAGACAGCCAGGAGGUGGUUUCUCUGGAGAGAAUUACACACCUGCUGCGGGUUAGCGCGCGUACUGGGCUCUCGCUCCAAAUGCCCGAACAGAGCGUCAAAGAGCUGUUGAUUGAUCCUCUGGUUCUCAGGAAUGGAGUGAUUGAAGUGGUGAGCAAUGGGAUGGGGGAGUUUGCUUCCAUACCUGCGGGCCAACUUUGUUAUAAGCGCCCCGCUUAAUUGCUAGGCACUGCCGCUAGCUAGCUGGCAUGGUAUAGCUUUAUCCUCGCCAGCAUGAUGCCGACUUCUUGUGUUUACUGCCCUGCGACAAGUGAAGUAGCUACCUUCUACUUUUGAACUCGAUCGACCUAGUAUAUUUAUAUGAUUGUGGAGUAAUGUCGUUAGCUAUCUAAUGUUAUGUUUAAGAAUAUUGGCUGAGAUCAGUACCUUUCUCUUUCUUUCUUUCUUGUGGGAAAAUUGUUGGCGACUCUCGUCUGUUUGCUUAAUCUCUUGUUUCUACGUUGUGUCUAGAUAGCGAGGUUGAAUGAACUACCAAGUUUUGUGCAUUUGGCAAUAAUUCCAAUUAGUACUCAACCUGGUAUCGGCAGCUAAUUACAAUUAAUACAGCAAAUACGUUUAU